UGUAUUUUUCUUGAGAAAAAAAAAAAGGUCUACAGAAAGGCCAAGGAAGCUUCUUUUCUGCAUCAACAAAAACCAGCUCUUUUAGGGGUAACCUGUAACCACAGAACCAUUCCCCCCUCUCUCCAUUCUUCUCUCUUUCUCUCUCUCUCUCUCUCUCUUUCUCUCCCUUCUUGUUGAUAUAUUUACCAACCAUUUCUCUGGUGCAUAUUUGAGUUUCCAUCGUGUUGUUGUUCAACUUUGAUGUCUAUACCUCUAGAACAUGAUUACAUAGGCUUAUCAGAGGCUCCUUCAAUGGAGAGGGCCUCUGACAAGAUCUCAUCUGCCUCCUCCUCUACCAUUUCCAGUGAGAGUGAGAAGAGCACUGCUCUCAACCUCAGAGAGACUGAGCUCCGACUUGGCUUGCCUGGCUCUGAGUCUCCUGAGAGGAAGCCUCAGCUAGGAGUCUCUCUUUUUGGCAAGGAUUUGGAGGACAAGACUAAUGGGUACUCCCUCGGGUCUCUUAAGGGCUUUGUGUCUGGUGCUAAGAGGGGUUUUUCUGAUGCCAUCGAUGGGUCUGGAAAAUGGGUUUUCUCUGUCAAUGGUGGAUCUGAAGUUGAUUUGGGUAAAGGAGCUGUCUUGUUCUCACCUAGAGGUGGGAAUGGUGUGAAGCCUCUUGGUGGUUUGGACAAUAAUAGUGCCCAGAAAUCAUGUAUGCCUGGACCUGCCAUGAAAGAUGUUGCUGCUCCUUCAUCACCAAAGCCUGUUCAGGAAAAGAAGCCUCAGGCCUCUGCUGCAAACGAGCAUGCAAGUGCCCCUGCUGCAAAGGCACAGGUGGUAGGAUGGCCACCAAUUCGGUCUUUCCGAAAGAACACCAUGGCCAGCUCGGCGAAGAAUAAUGAAGAUGCUGAAGGCAAAUCAGGAUUGGGUUGCCUCUAUGUUAAAGUUAGCAUGGAUGGUGCUCCAUACCUGAGGAAGGUUGACCUCAAAAUCUACUGCAACUAUAUGGAACUCUCAUCGGCUCUGGAGAAGAUGUUCAGCUGCUUUACAAUUGGGCAGUGUGGUUCUCAUGGACUUCCAGGGCGAGAUGGGCUGACUGAGAGUCACUUAAUGGAUCUUCUUCAUGGUUCUGAAUAUGUGCUGACAUACGAGGAUAAGGAUGGAGAUUGGAUGCUUGUUGGAGAUGUCCCCUGGGAGAUGUUCACUGAGUCUUGCAAGAGAUUGAGGAUCAUGAAGGGUUCAGAGGCAAUUGGGCUAGCUCCAAGGGCCAUGGAAAAAUGCAAGAACAGAAACUAGCAUAAGGGUACCAGCGGGACCGAGAAAAGAAGAGGCAUUUGUGAGUAAGACUGAAAGGCCAUUAAAAGGUUUUUAAAGUUUGGAAAGUAUGUUUCGGAAUCCUACAUAUAUAGUUUUAAAUAUGUUAGUUUUGGUGUAUUUGAUGAUGUACUGGAAAUUGUAUUUCAUGUAUUGGGAAAACUUCCUACUAGGCAGAAAGUAUGACUGGAGGCUUAUCCAGAUUAUUGAUGCUUGUUUUUAUAUUGUGUCUGUAUGUCUGUAUUUUUAUGGUAAUGUAAAUGAACUGCUAUCUAAGCUUUGUCUUGUUGCA